AGACUGAAUCCAAAAAAGCUUCGCAAAAUUAAUUAAUCAAGCGGCCGAAACUGUAUACAGAUUGAUUCAGCGAUGGCUCGUGAAGAGGUGAAGGUGGUAUUUAUUGAUACCCAGUACGUUCAAACUGACCCUGUGAACUUCAAAUCAGUGGUUCAGAGGCUUACGGGCAAGGACUCAGCUGGCUCCUCCAAUGUCGACGCCAAAUUAAAUUCAUCGCUGCCAACCACCCAUUACGGCCCCCCGACAGGCCAUACUGGUGGUGUUAGCAUGCCGUUUUACGGUAAUUCAAUGCUAGAGGUGUCUCCUGUGGAAUAUUUCUGGUAUCAUAACUUGUUGGGAUGACUAUAAUAUUAUUUUCAUUUUAAUUUUUUCGCUUAUGCUAUAUAUUUUUUAAAAUAUCAUCGAGAAAUAUGUUUUUCAUCGGAA